AUGUUUGAAAUUAUUGAUAGUAAACGUAAUAAACCUGUUCUGCUUUUAUUAAAUGGUUAUCGUUAUUAUAGAGGCAAAAUAAAAAAUACUAAUACAUACUGGCGCUGUGAAAGUCGUUCGUGCCUAGGGUGUUGUAUAAAAAACGAUCAAAACGAUCCAGUAUUAAAGGCAGGACACAGUCAUCUACCAGAUGAAAAUCGUUGUCAAGCUGAACAAUUUAAUAAUAAAUUAAAACGUCGAAUUGAAGAGUCUGCUAAACGAGUUACAAAUAUAUUUAAACAAGAACUAAUUAAUGUUCAAGUUACUGCAUCACAACAAAUAGCUACGACACCAACGUAUAUGGCGACGAACAAACAACAACCAGUAUUUGGUACAUUAUCUUCUCUUCAGCAAUUAUGUAGUAGUGAUCAUUUAUUUAUGGAUGGCACACUUUCAUCAUGUCCAUCUCCAUUCUAUCAAUUAUAUACCAUUCAUAGUUAUAAUAAUCAAAUAUCUACACCAAAAUUUUAUUCAUUAUUAGCCGAUAAAAAUCAAGGUACUUAUACACAUUUAUUAGCUGCAAUUCAACGAAUUUGUUAUGAAAAUCAGUUAAUUAUUAACCCAAAAUAUAUAACUAUAGAUUUUGAAACUGCCAUGAUAAAUUCUCUAAAUAUGAUAUUUCCAAAUGCAACAAUAAAAGGCUUCAACUUUCACUUUAAUAAAUGUUUAUAUAAACAUUUACAAGUAUUAGGAUUCCAGUCUGCCUUUAAUAAUGCUGAAUCUACAGAUAUUAAUGAUAUAAAUGUUCGAAAUUUAUACAGAAAAACUGCCUCACUUGCUUUUAUGCCACCAAAUCAGAUUCCGGAUUUAUGGGUGCAAAUUGUGAACGAUUUUAAUAAAUUCAAAAUAUUGAACCAUUUUUUGAUUAUUUUACAACAACAUGGGUAG